UCUGACCGAAUUGGAUCAUAUCUUGUCCCUCCCCCGAAUCACCAUUAUGUCUUUACCAGACCGACAGGCUUUCUACCCUGUAUGAGUGAAUCCUUGACCGGCAUCGCGCAAGUAUUGUUAGACAGAUAGCGGAGGCGAGAGAUAACAUGGAUUAGGGGUUGGCUCACACAUCUCUGGCUCUAUGAUUGGCUCACAUCUUUGGUUCUAUGAUUGGCUUACAUAUUGACUAUCUGAUUGGCUCGCAUAUUUCUAGCCAUCCGAUUGGCUCGCAUAGUCAGAUGAAGAUCACUUGCGGCUCCUAAAUUUUGAGAACUUCUAUACUUCGCUAUCACGAUACAGACAGGGAGGAGUUCAUCAUGUAUAAAGAUCCCUUUCAUAACCCCCAUUGUUUCCAUCAUGGAUUCUUCUAAACAGACACCGAACUCGUUCAAAAUCAUCUUCUCGAAGCAACCGAACACACUCCUUUCUAUUUUACACAUCACGCAACAUGGCACCAACUUCCGUGGACGAGGACCUCCGCUCCAAGGACUACUUUGAUCAACGGGCAACCAGUGAAAUGGAACGGAACUUGAUUACGAAAAAGCGCACUUUGAAUGAAAGAUUGGCCUGUGCCACUCGCAUCAUAGCGAAUUUUCAGGAGGACGCUGGGCUUGCUGGUCAAAUCACUGCUCGCUCUUCCCGGUCACAAGAUGUAUACUGGACCCUCCGCUUCGGCGUUGGCUGGGAGGAAGCCAAGCCAGAAGACUUCAUUGAGGUCGACAAAGACCUCAACACCAUUACCGGCACCGGCAUGGCCAACCCUGCCACUCGAUUCCACCUGUGGGUUUAUGCCGCCAGACCCGAUGUCCAGAGCAUUGUUCACGUUCAUUCGCCCUGGAUCCAGGCUCUUGCAGCUGCUGGCGAGGGCAUCGUUGUUUCGCAGAUGGACAUGACUCCUUUCUACAACGACUGCACUAUUCUAAAAGAAUGGCCUGGUGUGCCCAUCGCAGACCAAGAGGGCGUGAUCAUCAGCGGCGCGUUAGGCACCAACCGUUCAAUCGUCCUUGCCAACCAUGGUAUGUUGACAGCCGGAACGACUAUCGAGGAGGCUACCUACCUGUGUGUGUACCUUGAGCGUGCUGCUCGCAUCCAACUUCGUGCUCGUGCAUAUGGGCCGCUAAAGCCCGUGCCCGGUGCGUUGGCGCAGGAGGCCCAUGACUAUCUUCUGCAAGGGCGCAUUGUCGCAGCCACAUUCGACUACUGGUUCCGCAAAACAGAAAGGGCGUUUGGGCCAAUGCAGGUUGGAAAGAAGAGCGAAGAACUGAAUGUUGUAUAAGAUAGAGCCAAACGUAUGGGCUUAGCUAUAUAGCUAGGUUGAGGAUAGUUGGUCAAUGAUCGGUCAUUCAGUAUAGCUUUGUCCAUGUACUCGAGUCGCUCCAUUCUUCUGGGGUUGGUGCUUCCGAGUCUAAUGCAAAUUCCGUCUUAAAGCAAAUUCUCAUUCUUAUUCUCAU